AUGAGUUCGCCAAAAAUUCAAAAGGAUAUUGUGAGUGCUUGUGCACAAGAGAUCAUGAAAGCUAUAAUUGAUGACUUGGAUGGAGAUUAUUUUGGGAUAUUAGUUGAUGAGUCCAAGGAUAUUUCACACCAUGAACAAAUGGCCCUUGCUUUGCGGUUGCAAGCAGAAGCUUUUUCGAGUAAAAUUAAAGCAUUUGAAUUUGUUUUCUUGCUUCACUUAAUGUUGAAAGUGUUGAUAAUGUCAAACGAGUUUGGCAAAGCAUUACAAAAGAAAGAUCAAGAUAAUGUCAAUGCCAUGGUAUUUCUUGAUAUCACAAAGGAAAGGUUGCAAGAAAUGAGAGAUAAAGGAUGGGAACCAUUGAUGGAUGAAGUAUAUUUAUUUUGUACAAAACAUGAUAUUUUGGUGCCCAAGAUGGAAGAAUUCUAUAUUCCUGGAAAGUCGAAGCGUAGGCCUUCUAGUGUUACUUAUUCACAUCACUUACGUGUUGAGCUUUUUUAUGCCGUGAUUGAUUUGCAACUUCUGGAGCUUAAUAGUCGUUUUGAUAUUGUGAGUAGUAACCUGCUUCUUGGUAUGGCUAUCUUGAAUCCUGCUAACUUAUUUGCUAAUUUUGAUAAGGAAAGAAUAAUGACAUUGGCCAAGCAUUAUCCCGAUGAGUUUGGUGAAUUGAAGCUUCGAGAUCUUAGUCGCCAACUUGACACUUUCAUAUGGCAUAUGCAACAUGGUGACCCUAGGUUCUCUGAUUUGAAAGGAAUUGGUGAUUUGGCGAAAGCAUUGGUUGAGACAAAUAUUGUGGAGACUUAUUCACUUGUUUAUUUACUUGUGAAGUUGACUUUAAUUUACCUGUCACAACUGCAACGGUGGAAAGAGCAUUCUCAACUAUGA